UAUAUUCUGAUCUGAAUAAAUAAUAUUUAAAUUUCAAGAUAAAAGCAAAUGAUAAUUAAUCGUUAGCUAAAUAGUGGUAUAAAUAUGGCCAAUGUCAUCAUUCAUGCAGUCCAACAACAGCAUGCAGUACCAAACACCGUGUAUCAUGCCCUUUAUGCACAUUAUUAUUUGGGAAUGAGCAAAAAAGAUAUUGCUACAAUUUACGGCAAGAGCUUGUCCACAAUUUAUUCGUGGUUAAGAAAGUUCGAAAAUGAGGGUGUCUACCAACGGAAAAAGCGGAUCCAAAUCUACAAGAAGUUCAACGCGGAAAUGAGAUUAUGGUUAGUGCAAUUAUACCAGGAGCAUCCUUUGCUAUUUUUGGACGAAGCUAAGGAGAAGUUUCAGAAGCACUUUCAAAUAAGCAUAAGUGUUUCCUCGGUUUGUUUCAUUCUGCAUGAAGCUGGACUCUCGUGGAAGACGGUCGAAAGAAGGGCAAUUCAAAUACGGGAGGCAGAGAUUGUUAGAUUCAUGCAAGAGCUUCUGGCUAUUCCGUGGGACAUUUAUAAUUUGGUGUUCUUGGACGAAGUGAGUUUUGACAACAGGAAUAUGUUACGCCGUAACGGAUAUGGUGUUGUGGGGCAAAAAGUUAUUUACAGUGGUGAAUUUUGCCGCAGACCACGUUUAUCUUUCUUGUGUUUCUUGGGAUCAGACGGAAUUUUGGAUAGCUUUUGGACGGAUGGAACGUUUAACCGCACUAAAUUUUUUGACUGCGCUCGCGAAUUCGCACUACGAAAUCCGAAAGUCUAUCAAUAUCCAGGAUUCCAUUCAGUUUGGAUAAUGGAUGGUGCAAGAAUUCACUGCGAUGCUAACAUUAUUAGAUAUCUGCGAUCAAUAGGCAUAAUACCAAUAUUCCUUCCGGCGUACUGUCCCUUCUUCAAUCCCAUAGAAAUAGUUUUCGGUCUUAUCAAAAAACGCUUGCAACGAACACGACAAGAGAAUACACCAAUUAUGAGUGACGUAUGCGAAACUAUAAGCUAUUUCAAUCAAUAUUCCUGUGAAAGCCUGUUCGCUCAUUGCGGUUACUAUUACAAGGGAAAUUUCUACCCAGAAAAAGGACUACAACAAGAUCCAGCGAAUAUAGGUUUGCACAUGAUUCCUGAGUGACUGUGUUAUACUAUCUCACAAUUUAUACUACAAUUCCAAAAAUAGUUGGAUUAUUGGAUUAAAUACAUAACUAAUUUACUAAAAUAACGUUGAUUAUUUAUUGUUCAAAAUAAUAUUAAAAAGAAAGUCAGUUUUCCAAGUGCUGCAGAAGCGCGCGA